CUAUUUUUCAUUUUUGACACCGACUUUGUCAUUUAUUUAACAAUUAUAUACUAAUUUUAAUAUUACGAUUUUAAUUGAUAUAAUUAUAUCUAAAAUUCAAUAAUGGCUAGAUACGAUUUGACAUUGAAUCCCAUGGAAGAAACCAGGUUUCUUAAAAAACAUAGAGUACUGGCUUUAAGCUUGGCAAGACAGGUCCAUUUUAGCUUUCAGGAGGUUGAAGCCAUUCUCAUUAUAUAUUACAAGAUACAAAAAUACGACACUUACGAUCCAAAAGGUAUUACGAGAGACGUUCUGAUGGAAGUUUUCCAUUGCUGUUUAGAUAUGACGGAUAUGGAAAAAGUUAUUCGAAUAAUAACUUGCCUAGACGAGAAAGCUCGAGAUGUCUACAUAUCAAAAGAGCUUUGGUGCAACAUGUUAUCGUUAUUUUUAAGAGGAACGAUUGAAGAAAAAAUGGCAUUUUGUUUCAAAGUCUAUGAUUACAGUGGAAGCGGACAUCUCAUGAAGGAAAAUCUUUUUAAGCUUUUAGUGGGAUCUUUGAAGAGCAACAUCGGCGAAUCAGAUGCGGAAGAAGCCGUGAAGGAUAUGGUGGAAGUUAUAAUGAAGAAAAUGGAUGCAGACCGGGACGGCAAGAUUUCCUUUAAUGACUACCGAUAUAACGUUCUCCGCCAACCAGACCUGUUGGAGUUUUUGGGCCAGUGUCUUCCAGACAGACAUACGGUUCACAAAUUUUUGUGUACCUUUACUGAAAAUACUAAGAUCCGAUUCUAUAAGUUAAAAUUAGGCACAAGUAUAAUGUGAAAUUAGGAAGUAAACGAUUAAAAGUUA